UUACCCUACUAAUGUUUUCUUAUUUUCAAUUUAAGGGUUUAAGGAAAAAAAAAACAGAAGGGAAACGUUGUAAAACCCUAAACCCUGUCCCUGCUCCGCCCUCAACCCUCCUUCAGUGAACUGGCGCAAAAUUCUUUCUAAUCUCAUCCUCUGAUAAUUUUACAAAUAGUGGGUGUUUCUGAAUUUCACUGCUCAAACCCUAGGAAGAGACUAAAAUGGCGUCAACGGCAUUGAAGAAAAGUUACAAGUGUGUGCAGUCUCUGCAGCAACUCUACACAGGCGGGCCUUACGCUGUAGCUUCGGAUAAUUCGUUUCUCGUAUGUGCUUGCAAUGACACAAUAAAGAUAGUCGAUUUAUCAAACGCUUCAAUAAAAUCGACCAUAGAGGGUGAUUCUGAGCCAGUGACAGCUCUUGCUCUAAGCCCUAAUAAUAAUUUCCUCUUUUCUGCUAGUCAUAGCCGACAGAUUAGAGUUUGGGACCUUUCCACCCUCAAAUGCCUACGCUCCUGGAAGGGGCACGAAGGACCUGUGAUGGGGAUGGCUUGUGAUGCAUCAGGUGGAUUGCUGGCAACAGCUGGGGCUGACAGGAAAGUUCUCGUGUGGGACGUCGAUGGAGGCUUUUGCACUCAUUAUUUCAAAGGUCACAAAGGGGUUGUCACAAGCAUUAUGUUUCAUCCUGACCCGAAUCGGCUGCUGCUGUUCUCUGGUGGUGAUGAUGCUUCCAUAAGGGUCUGGGAUCUGACGAGGAAGAAAUGUCUGUCAACACUAGAGAAACAUCAAUCAGCUAUCACUUCCAUGGCAAUAUCUGAAGACGGAUGGACUCUGCUUAGCGCAGGGAGAGACAAGGUUGUAAAUUUGUGGAACUUACAUGAUUAUGGCUGCAUGACCACCAUACCAAUGUUUGAGUCACUUGAAGCCCUGUGUAUAAUUGGUCCAGAAUCUCCCUUUGCUGCAUGCCUGGCUUCAUUGACACAUCCACAGACAAAGAAGAGAAACAAUGUACCAUCAAUUAAUUUCAUCACUGUCGGUGAACGGGGAUUAGUACGGAUGUGGAGUUCUGAUAGGGCACUGUGCCUUUUUGAGCAGAAAUCCUCUGAUAUUUCCGUAAGCUCUGACAGCGAAGAUUCGAAGAGAGGCUUUACUUCUGCUAUGAUUUUGCCUGCAAGUCAGGAGUUACUUUGUGUUACAGCUGACCAGCAGUUUUUUCUUUAUUAUCCGGAGGAAUUUGAAGGUAGUCUGAAUGUAGUUCUUAGGAAGAGGUUUGUUGGAUACAAUGAAGAGAUUGCAGAUAUGAAAUUUUUGGGUGACGAGGAACAGUUCCUUGCUGUUUCAACAAGCGUAGAGCAGGUGCGAGUGUAUGAUCUUACAUCAAUGUCAUGCUCUUACGUGUUGGCUGGGCAUACUGAUGUUAUUUUGUGCCUUGAUACCUGUGUAUCAAGUUCUGGAAGAACACUUAUUGUGACGGGGAGUAAGGACAACUCCGUUAGGUUAUGGGAUUGCCAGAGCAAGGCUUGUGUUGGAGUUGGCAUAGGUCACAUGGGAGCUGUCGGAGCUGUGGCUUUAUCAAAGAAACAACGGAACUUCUUUGUGAGUGGUAGUAGUGACCGUACGCUAAAGGUAUGGCAUUUUGAUGGUGUCUCUGACAACAAUGAAGAAGUCCUAACUUUGAAAGCAAAAGCAGUUGUAGCAGCACAUGACAAGGAUAUUAACUCUUUGGCAGUAGCACCAAAUGAUAGUCUUGUUUGCAGUGGUUCCCAGGAUCGCACUGCUUGCAUAUGGAGACUUCCAGACCUUGUAUCAGUGGUUACACUGAAAGGGCAUAAAAGGGGGAUAUGGUCUGUUGAGUUUUCUCCAGUUGAUCAUUGUGUGAUAACAGCUUCUGGAGACAAGACGAUAAAGAUAUGGGCAAUAUCUGACGGAUCAUGUUUGAAAACAUUUGAAGGGCAUACGUCAAGUGUGUUAAGAGCAACAUUUCUUACCCGUGGCACCCAGUUUAUUUCUUGUGGUGCUGAUGGUUUGGUGAAGCUGUGGACAGUUAAGACAAAUGAGUGUAUUGCCACAUAUGACCAACAUGAGGAUAAGAUUUGGGCCCUGGCUGUUGGUAAGAAAACAGAAAUGCUUGCAACUGGCGGUGGUGAUGCGGUGAUCAAUUUGUGGCAUGACUCAACAGCUUCUGAUAAAGAGGAAGCUUUUCGGAAAGAAGAGGAAGGCGUUCUAAGGGGUCAAGAGCUAGAAAAUGCUUUAAUAGAUGCUGAAUACACCAGAGCAAUUCAGAUUGCAUUUGAGCUUCACAGACCACACAAACUUCUAGAGUUAUUUGGCGACCUCUGCAGGAAGAGCGAUGCGCAAGAUCAGAUAGGAAAAGCAGUAAAGGCUCUUGCUAAAGAAGAGCGUCGCCUGCUUUUUGAAUAUGUCCUGGAUUGGAACACGAAGCCAAAGUUUUGUCAUAUUGCACAGUAUAUUCUUUUCCGGGCAUUCAGUGUUCUCUCACCUGCCGAGAUUCUCGAGAUUAAGGGUAUUGGAGAACUGCUUGAAGGUCUUAUUUCUUAUUCUCAGAGGCAUUUCAUUAGAGUAGAUAGAUUAGAAAGAAGCACGUUCAUGUUGGACUAUACUUUAAUUGGAAUGUCGGUCAUUGAGCCAGAAGGUAAUGAGGGGAGAUCAGAGGACAAGGAUGCUAGACUUUCUAUUGGUCUCGCUGGCGAGCAGUUAAUUGAGUUUGAUUCAAUGGAGCAAGAGCAGCAGCAUAAAGAAAUGAAAGAAAAAAAAUCUUCAAAAAAGCGAAAAAACAAAUCAAGAGAUGCCACUAGCAAGAAAGUGAAGGGGUUGACUGACACUUAAGAUUCAGUUAUAGCAUCAGUGGCGUAAGAUGUUGCUAUUCUGAUGAACUAAGCGAGUUGCAUCCCUUUGUUGAGCUUGAUGAUUGAAAGGGGUUGAGCCUUGGUGUUGCUGAUCUUCAUUGAAAGGGGUUGCACGUGCAAAGUGCGGAAAUCUCUUUGCCAGGAAGGUCUUUUCCUCUGCCCCCAAAAGAUUUUGGAUGCUAGCCAUAGAAUACAUCAGCAAUUUUUAACUACUGUAAAGAUUUUGGACUGCAAAGGAAAAAUUUUCGACACUGGAGUGGAAGUUACCUUGACCCCUCUCCAGUAUUUUCAGGUUAUUUAUUGAUAUUUCAAUUUUAAACUGAGUUUUCUUUGUAACUUUAUAAGAAACAUAUUUAUUAUCUUAUAGUCUGUAACCUGAAUAUACCCAAGGGCAUCAAAUUUGUUAGUUCUAUUCCA